AUGUAUUGUCAAAAGUGCCGCUCGCCCCUCAAGCUCGAUAACUCGUUAUCCGAGCUGAACCCGGCAGCAUACGACCUGUUAGUAGCUGCCUCAUCACAGCAACAGCAGCACCCCAAACGCCAACCCGUCGCCCCUCCACCCGCCUACCCCCAGCACGAGGAACGCCGAGGCUUCUACGACAAGAUCGCAAGGAACUCGCCCGCAGCCAUGUUCAAGAAGCAGGGUAGCACGCACAGGGGUGGCGAAUCCUAUGUCUUCCUCACCGAGUCGCAACUUGGCCCCCCGCGACUGCCCGUCCCCAAGGAACAGCCGAGUCCGAGGCAGCGGAGGCGCGAGUCCAUGUCCGGGGACACGACCUCGCCGCAGGACGCAAGAUUCACCCAGCCCCACGAGGCCGAGCGCAUCAACAAGCUCUUCGAGAUCUUAUCCGCGCGCUCCGAUAUCGAUCAUCCCGUCUGCGUCGAGUGCACCGACUUGCUGGUCGACGAGCUUCAGAAGAGGUUGGAGCAGGCGACUAGGGAGCGGAGCCUCUACGCCGAGUACCUGAAGCAGCAACAGGCAGACGUGCCGAGCGAGGAGGACAUCGCCGCCACGGAAAAGGCCCUGAAGAAGGCUCAGCAGGACGAGGAGGCGGCCUUUCAGUUGCUGUUGCAACUCGAGAAGGAAAAGGAGGAGUUGGAUGGCGAAAUGGCCGCCCUUGAGGCCGAGUCGCGCGCUCUCGAUGCUGAGGAGGAGCAGUUCUGGCGCGAGCGGAAUGCCUUCUCCGCCCAGCUGUCCGAGUUCCAGAACGAGAGAGACAGCGUCAACUCAAAGUUCGAUCACGAUUCACAGCAGCUCACCAAGCUGCAGAGGGCCAACGUCUACAACGACACCUUUUCUAUUCAUCACGAUGGGCAUUUCGCGACCAUCAACGGUUUGCGACUCGGAAGGCUAUCGAACAUACCCGUCGACUGGCCCGAGAUCAAUGCCGCUUGGGGUCAGUCACUGCUGCUAGUCGUCACCGUGGCAGAUAAGCUGGGCUUCAAAUUCGAGAACUACGAACCCUUGCCUAUGGGGUCGACAUCCAAGAUCAUUCGCUACGACCACGCCUCGCCCUCGUCCAGCCGCCUGGGAGGUCACCGCAGUGGUCCCCCGCCGGCUCCCAAGAAACACGUCUUGGAGUUGUACUCCUCGGGAGAUCUACCCCUGAAUCUGCUUUGGCACCGGAAGUUUGAUACGGCAAUGGUCGCCUUUCUCGAGCUGGUCAGACAACUCGGCGCAUAUGUGCAGCAACAGACGAAGUCGGAUGCGGACAGAGACGGUUAUGCUACCCCACCGCUCACUCUGCCUUACAAGAUCGAAGGCGACAAGAUUGGCGACGACAGGAUCGGGCACUACAGCAUCAAGCUCGGCAUUGCCAACGACGAGACUUGGACCAAGGCCUGCAAGUUUGUGCUGACAUGCUGCAAAUUUCUGAUUGCGCAUGCCAGCAACGUCAGUCAGAAUACAAACGGGCGCGGCUCUAGUUGA